UUACACUUGUUUUCCAAUCGAAGUAGACCUACAGAUCGGCCACGAGAUUCAGGUGUGAAAUCUGGUUUAACUAAAUCGAAGGUUUAUUUACCUGUGUGACGGUCCUUAUUUACGAGUGGUGUUCAUCUUUAAGUCGAUGAUACAAUUGUGUUUUCAGACCUAAUUUUGGAUGUUCAUAGGAAAGUAUAUAACGCCUGUAUAUACAUUUAACAAAACGAUCUUAGACGUGUAUAUUCAUUGUGUACCUCGAUUAUUAUGUUAGAAAUAUGUUACCAACCGGAUGAUAUUCUCGUGGAGUGGAAUAAUCGAUAAAACGUAACCAUGCGUCGGCAGCGUCGACGUGCGGUGAUCAUGUUAGCCGGACUAAUGAACGCUUUUCUUGGAACGAAUAUCGGCUAUUCCGCAGGAAUAAUACACCUUGGUCUACUGGAGAAACACAAGAAGUCUCCUAAUGUGGUUUUCUGGGCAGGUGCUCUAUUUUCAAGCCUUCUUUGUCUAGCUGGUCCUAUCUCCAGUGUCGCUGUGAAUGCCUUGUCAUGUCGGUCGACCAUUUUCUUUGGAUCUUUCCUGAGCUUUGUGGGAUUUAUGGUUUCCAGUUUUGUGUCAAGUAUUGAGAUUGUAGUCUUCAGUUAUGGAAUUGUUGCAGGACUAGGUCAAUCCAUGAUAUACUCGGGAACAGUUUUGGCCACGGGGUUUCAUUUCCAUGACAACCCAUCGGUUGCCACGGGCGUGGUGGUAGCGGGAGCAGGAAUGGGAGUGGCGGUGUUUCCCAUGUUUACAGAGUUUCUCAUUGAGACCUAUGGAAUUGAUGGAACAUUUCUCCUCCUAUCAGCUGUCAGCUUGCAAGUUGUUGUGUUCAACAUGUGUAUAGAAACCCAUGAACUAGAAAACAAUAGAAAAGAAACCUCCAUGACGUUUAAGAUGAAAGUUGAAUUGAUUUUUCAAGAACUUCGACAAAUAUUUUCAAUGGGCGCUUAUUUACAAUUUUGUAUUAGCAUUUUCUGUUGGAGUACGAGUGUAAAUACGUCUGUAUUACUUUUACCGCAAUAUUAUGUGAGCACGGGUUCAUCACACACAGAAGCUGCCAUCCUUAUGUCACUUUACGGCAUUACGGGUUGUUUUUCCCGAAUUCUGACAGGAUUAGCUGCUUCUGACCCACGCGUAGAUGGAAAACUAUUGUAUAUGGGGUCAUACAUCAUUUUAGGGUUGAGUACUUUCUUUCUCCCACUGAUAGGCAAUUACUUUCCUGGAAAAGUAUUCUACUCCUUGAUGCUAGGAAUAUAUUCUAGCAACGUUUGGUCGCUUCUCACACCUAUUACAAUUGAAAUUGUUGGCAUUCAACAAAUGCCUACAGCUUUUGGAAUGGAAUUGUUAAUUGGAGGCAUUGGGUUUUUAAUUGGUCCAAUCAUUGGAGGGAAAAUUCAAAGAGAGACUGAAGAUUUUACUAUCAUUUUUAUCAUAUCAGGAUUCCUAUAUGUUUUAGCGGGAAUUUUUGAAAUGUUAAUGAUAUUGACGAUGACAAAAUCCGAAUCAUUUCAAAACAGAAACAACAUGGAAAAAACUGUUGAGGUGGAGGAAAAAUUAAUUAGCAACAACGUGAUAGAGGUCAAACAAUUAAACGACUAAUCAUACAAUCUGAGUGAUGAUGCUAGUAACUGAAUGAAAACCAACAGAAGUUGACGGUACAUGUUCUAGUUGCAUCGGACUGAUACAGUUGUGUAACGUGAUACGGUUUUGUAAUGUUUGUCUAGGUAUACUUCUGAACAACUUUCCACAUUUGGUUUAAAGAACAAGUGCACUUAAGCUAUAGAGAUUGGGCCCUUUUUCAGUGCCGUUUUUAUGUAGGAAAUAUCAACAAAUUGUUUUUUUCUCGUAAUAGUUAAGCACUCAUGGAUACUUCUGAUUUAUAUGCACGAUUAAGUUUUCCAAAAUUAGCAUACAGUUUAAAAAAAUUGAGGAUUUUUAAAUGCCUAUAAAUAAUCUAAAUCCGAAAAAUCGAACCGAACCUACUUCAAUUAUGUCUAUUUAAAUCAGAGGGAGGAGACAUUUAAAUCAACAUUGUUCUGUUGGUGGAUCGACUGGCGCGUUUGCUGAAUGAUACUUUAUGCAUUACUUUACGUUGAAAAAAAAAAUCGAAUAAAGCUUUGAAGUUGCAUAAAUAUUACCAUAGUGAUCAAACAAACAUUCCUGACCGUACAAAGUUGAUGGAAAGCGAUUAAAAACGUGUCAAUGUUUUAAGUGAGCACAUUUGACAAACGUCUACCUGGAUAGAACCCACGUGAUUGUUUGAAAUUAUUUUAUGUGUGGGUUCAAACAUGGGUAACGCAGGUAAUAGCUUUCGCUUGCUAUAGGAAAAACCUUGAAAUUUUAAACGUUUUUCAUUAUUUAGGUACCAGCCUAAUAUAUUACAAACUUCUUAUUUUCACAGGAGUUUUCUAAAUCUAUAAUGCGUAUUUUGUCUUUUCCACAAGUUUGUACUCGGUUAGGUUGACAGUAAACAAAGGCUUUGAAAUGAAUGCCCGUCCUCGAUUUACUUUACAAAAUCACGAAUGUCGGCUGACCCCUACUAUGUUGUAAAGCUUAGUGCUUUUUAUAUAUAUACAAUAAAUUCAUCGCUAAAACUUGUUAAUUCUUAUGGAAUAGAUAUCAAUAGGUGAUGUUAAGGAAAACAUAUGCUUAAAUUGAAUCUUCAUUUUUUCACUUUUUACCGGGGCCCAUAAGUGCACUCGUCCUUUACAAAUGAAUAUCUUUUGUAACUAAAACAUUUGUGUGGCGUUAUCUUUUGUUAACCCGACCCCAGAAAUCGCUUAUUGUCCUGCAACCCUCCAAUAAGUUUCCUGUAGCUGUCCAAUAAGUUUCCACGUAUUAGACGGGUACAGGUAACAUACUUGACUGCUGCAAAUAAUUGAUGUGAACUUAAACUCACGGAGGCCAAAUGGGAGGAAAAAACCAACAAUCUCUGGUUUCUUUAAUUUGACGGGAAUUUAUCAGGUUUUACGUGCAAACUACGUAGAAUAUCUAUGAAAAUUCAAAUUUACAGAUCCAAACACGAAAAGAAAUUAUGUAUGGCAAAAUCAAAGUAACUUAUUCACUCAUUGUAAAUGCUCAAUUAACGUCGUCCUUUCGUAUAAAUUUGGAUCGAAAAAAAUCUUAAUCAUAUGGACAUUCAUUAAUCCAUGUUUUAACAUUUAAAUCCUACAGAAUGACACCAUCCUCUUCCGUUGUUUAUACAAAAUGAUAAAUGUGCGGGAUUUUCGAACUAUGUUCACCUUUGCGCAUGCUUUUUCAUAACGCAAUGUGGACUAAAAGGACCAAUGCAAAAAACUGUUUUUCUAAGCAUGCUUCCUCAUUUUGACAAGUGUUCCUUUAUUUAAUAUUUAGUUUAUUAACAUACUCAAACUCAAAAUGAUCUGUUUUGGCCUAAUGUUAAUGUAUUGGAUACAAGGAUCAGAUAAUGGUAUUUGUAAUGGUAAUUGAGUGUAAUUAAUUACAAGUUUUGAUGUAAUUGAAAGUACUGUGUAAUUGGUCAAAUUUUCAAUUACAUGUAAUGGUAAUUUAAUUAUUUACAUUUAAAAAAGGCAUGUAAUUCCAAUUACUUUUCAAUACCUUUCAAUAACACUAAAUGUACAUUUAAAUAUGAAGCUGUCCACUACACAUUGUUCCCAACUAAAUCAAGUUAGGAAAGUUGUUAAAAACCAUUGGACUAUUGUUUUAUUUACCGUACUAAAUACUUGUUCAAAAUAAACUUUUUUAAAGGUUAAAUACUUACUCAUGAGUUUCCCAAACUUAAUUAAGUACAUGUAUUUGAUUAUUUCCUUGAUCUCCUUUUCUUAAAAAAUACUGAUUUCCCUUCUUAUUGGAAUAAUUAAUGUGUCAAUUAUCAUUGAAUAAGUUUUAAAAAUCACUAUUUAUUGUCAAUAUUAUCUAAAUUAUAUAAACAAGAGAUGUUUGUGAAACACUUAUGCCCCCCUCCCUUGGAAACAUCCACAAAGAAAAUGAACGUAAACUGCAAAUAUUUGGAAUUUUUCUAAGUCCCAGGGGCAUAUCUCUGUCAAAAAUUGCUCUAUCAUACCCAAAAUCAAAUUGAUAUUAUUUAGAUAAACCUGUAUACUAAAUUAAACUGCAAAGAAAAUGAGUGGAAACUGCAAAUAACUGAAAUUUUUCUACGUCCAAGGGCCAUAACUCUGUCGAAAAUUGCUCGAUCGUACCCAAUAUCGAACUUGACCUAGAUAUCAUCAUGAUAAUAUGUAUACCAAAUUUCAUUUCAAUAUGUUCAUUCUCUGCGAAGAAAAUGAACGGAAACUGUUGGUGGACCGACCGACAGACCGACCGACAGACAGCAGCAAGGCAAUA